AUGCUGCCAGCAAUUCUUUGCAUCGUUGCUAUCUCCACCUUGGCUGUCAACGCAGAAAUUCAAGAAUCUCCUGUUCUCUCAGAUGGAUCUAUUGUAUACUUCGUUUCUGACUCAGAUAUUUUGGGAAGAGCGUUACGAUCGAGUUUAGACGAAGGGAAACCAAGACUCUCACGUUUUAGUGAGCGUGGUCACUUUCCGUAUUACAAAGGAUUGGGACGGAAGUGA